GAGGUAGACUUUAGGGAACCGAAAGGAUGACAGAAGGCAUCUGCAAAGGACAACAAAGAACACCUUAUGGUUAUGGCAAGGGAGUAUUGGAACAAUCAACUUCAUAUUUCUUCACCAGUUUCCCAGAGGAUUGGGAGAUUGGAGACAUGUGGAAGGCUUUCAUCAAAUGUGGGAGAGCAAUACAAAACCCAACAGAAUUGGAGGACAAGCUUAACCAAAUCAAAUUUGAUAAGCAAUCUCUAAAAGCCAACAUAGCAAUAUUUUCAAGAGAGGAGACUAAACUGAAACAGAGGGAUGUGAAGGAAGUUCGAGGGAUAGAGGUAAAGAGAAAUGGAAGGUCCUAUGCAGAAGUUUUGAAAGAUGCAAAUUGGGGUGAAUGGCAAGUAUUGGAUGACGAUGUAGAGGAGUUUGUAAUGGUGGAGAUGACACUGACACUGGUGGGAAAGGAGGAAGGCGAAAAGGUGCCUGAUUCAUUCGAGGUGGCUGACAUGUCAAUAAAUGUGGAGAAGCAAAAUUCAAACGGGGAGGUGGCUAUGGCAAGGAAUGAGGAGAACAUUGGCUGUGUAUUGCUAAAAAUUGAAAAAGAUUUUCCAACGGUUGAUUUGGGCAAUGAUUUGACAACAGGUCACUCAUCUUCAGUAGAGACUCACCCACUAGAUUAUGGUGCUAGUAAUUGGUGCAUUGGUGGUGAUUUCAAUGCCAUAAGAGAUAUGGGGGAAAAGAAGGGUAAAUGGUAUGAUCCAGCAUAUGCUAGGGAUUUCAGCAAGUUCAUUAUAGAUGCAGGACUGGAAUAUGUCCCUAUGAUAGGAAGGAAGUUUACUUGGUAUAAGUCAGACGGUACUAUAAUGAGCAAGUUAGAUAGCCCCACGGAAGAGUUUCAAACAGAAAAAGGACUUCACCAAGGUGAUCCACUAGCUCCCUUCUUGUUCCUAGUGGUGGCUGCGGCACUUAACGAACUAAUAAUGAAGGUGGUAGAUGAAGGCAUUUUCAAAGGGGUGUCCGUAGGUCAUGGGGAAGUGGAAAUUACCCAUCUACAAUUUGUGGACGAUACAAUCCUCUUCGGCGAGGCUAUUAAAUGUAUUGUCAGGAGCUUUGAGCUUAUUUCAGGAUUAAAGGCGAAUUUCUUCAAAAGCUCCAUAUCUAGUGUCAAUGUCGAAAAAGAGGAUUUGAAUGAUAUGGCUAAAAUGCUAAACUGUAUGCCAAGAAAUAUACCUUUCAUGUAUCUUGGUGUCCCUGUUGGAGCAAAUUUGAGGAAACUAUCAACCUGGACCCCUGUGAUUGACUGUUUUAGACAUAAGUUGUUAGCCUGGAGGUGUGAUUCGUUGUCUUUUGGUGGACGGAUUAUCCUCCUCAAUGCUGUCCUCUCGAGUAUUCCUGUCUACUAUUUCUCAACUCUCAAAGCACCCAAAAAGGUUUUAAACUUACUGUCUUUAAUUCAGAAGAGGGGUGAUGAGUGGGAGAUUCAUUGCUCUAGUUGGUGGAAGAACAUAUGGAAUAUAAAUGACUAUGUUAUGGGUAGAGAAGGAUGGUUUAGGAUGAUGAUCGAAAGGAUGGCUAGAGAAGGAAAACGCUGGUUCAAGGACAAUAGGAUAGAUGGAUAUGGAAGCAAGACCCAAAUGGCAACUACUCGGGUGCCUCCAAAAGUCUCAGCUUUUGCAUGGAAAGCGAUGCAGAAUAGAAUCCCAACAAAGAAGAACCUGCAGAAACGUAAAGUAUUGAGCAGUGAGGAUGACAUGUCUUGUGCUUUGUGCAGUAGUCAGAUCGAAAGCUCAGAUCAUCUGUUGUUCAUGUGUCCAGAGGCAUGGAAGGUGUGGUCCUCUUGCUAUAAUUGGUGGGGUGUUAAUGUAGUAUCCCAAGAUAAAGGCUGGAAUCAUUUGCUUCAGCAUGUAGGAUUGUUUAAUAACAAGAUUACAAGGGAAGCGUGGAUGGUAAUUUGGUUUGCGGCUAUAUGGAUAUUUGGUUAUGGAGAAAUCACAAGGUCUUCAAGGUAACCUCUGAACACCAAUACAAGAUAAUUGAGGUAAUUAAAUACCAAACUUUCCAAUGGCUCAAAGCUUACGUUUGGUCAGAAAUCUCUAAAGACUUAUGGUAUGUUAAUUCGACUAAAGCUUGUAAAAUUGGAAUGAGGGGGGUGCUUUAACUAAUCCAGUCUUCACAUAGGAUUGGAAAUCAUAAACAGAAGAGCAAGGAGUAGAUAUUAUUGUUGCACCAUGGGGUAGCUCUAUUUUGACUAUGUUGAUUGUGUUGUCUUGCAUGUUAUAAUUUGCUUGUUUUUUGUCAAAGGGCAGGAGUACCCCUUGUACUCCAUUCAAUAAAAUUUCUCUUCUACU